CACUGGCAAGGGCUCACAAAUUCCAGUUCUCGCAAAGUGAAAGCUAAGUUAUCACAAAUCUCUACAAUCGCAAAGACAAAGAAGUAGCUACGAGAAGCAACGAUGCAAAUCUUCCUUGAUCUCAACAAUGGCGGUAUUGCUUUCUUGCAGACAGGCCAGGCCGAAAAGGCGCUUGAAUGCUUCCACAGGGCCUUCGUAAGUUUGAGGAACGAGACCUCGAAGAACCAAUCCACAGGAUUGCGGGCCGUCCAAGCAAACGAUCUUGCAGCAGGAGCUGUCCCGGUGCCAGUGUCCGAUCCCUCUGCUGGUGCACACCUCUAUUGCAGCAGAGCUUUUGGGCUUGUGAUCCCUCCCAGCAGGCAACGCCUAACUGAAGUUGACACCGAGUUUUGUGGAUCCGUGAUCAACUACAAUAUCGCCAUCACUCUUCAAUUGUAUUCGGUGCAUCACGGAAGCAGCCAAGUGUUUUCGUUGUACAAGAAAUGCCUCAAGGCACUCGAGUCGUUGUCCUACAAGAACGAUGGCUUUGUGGAUGUUUCCCGCAUGACCGUAGCGUGCCUAUUCAAUAUGUCCAACCUUCUGUUGGAUCAGGACGAACUGGGCACAGCAGCAAGCUUUGUGAGCCUUGCGCAACAGCUUCUGCUGACGAACGAAGAUCAACCCUGUCUCUUCGACGACGAAACCAUGCAGGCUUUCUCUUGGGCUGCAUACUUCGUUCCCUAUUGUGCUAGCCUUGGCCGUUCCGCACCUGCUGCGUAAAACGUAACGUGACGUACCGGACACAGCAUUGAACAGACACAAAACUUUCAUUGAUCUACAUGUUACCAUACACACAUAGAUAAACAAUACAUGCUAAAAGCAAAGCAAACCU